UCUCUCUCCUUCUUUCUCUCUCGCUCCUCCUUUCCUACACCUUUCCUCGCCUCGCCUUUCGGAGCGCGCGACCAAGAAGGUGCCACGAUGAAGGUCUACCAGCGCGAGACGAUGCGCAGGAUGAUCAAGUCGCACCUCGACGAAGACCAGCGGCUCUCGUCCGAGGCCGACAUCCUCUUCUUUCUCGCCUACCAGCUCUUUCUCCGCCGCCUCGCCGACGAGGCCCGCGUCCGGAUGCAAUACGACGCCGCGGCAGGCAUCACGUCCUCCAAGCGCUCCAUGUCCAAGAGGCACGUCGUGGGCGCGGUCCAGUUUAUUCUCAGGAGGUCCGCUCGGCUAGCCACCAGCAAUGCGACCAGGCGGAGGCGGUCGUGAUAUUGGUCCCCAGCGCGGCAGAACAAAAGGCGAACACAGGUCAAACGAGCAGAGGCAGCGGCUUCAAAGAGGGCGUAACAGGCUUCCAGCACGAACGACAACAAUGUAAUUUUAUAGAGCGCAUGGCUUCCAGCAUAAAUUAGAUACCACGUCCACCGGUCACCUCGAGGAUCUGGCCACUGACA